AUGACUGCACCAGCCCGAGAUGCCUUACAAUUUCCAGAUUCCGAUAGACAUCAGCUUGAGGAGUACAUACCACUCCCUUCCUCUGCAGAAUGUAUGCGACCAGAAGAUAUCGCGAAAACUUUCGUCACCCUGACUUUCGCUACCUCCCUCGACAGCCAGCUCGCUAUUGCUCCCGGUGUGCAGACGGCCCUUUCUGGGCCACGUUCAAAGGCCAUGACCCAUUUUCUGAGAUCUAGAUAUGACGCCAUCUUGAUUGGAGCAGGCACAGCCAUUGCCGACAAUCCGUCCUUGAACUGUCGACUAGAGGGCGUUGGCGGUUAUGGUGGCGAAGGACUCGUUGGCCAACCAAGGCCAGUCGUCGUAGAUCCACAUGGUCGCUGGCAAUUCAAUGAAGAGAGCAAGGUGUUGAGACUCGCCAAGGAAGGGAAGGGCAAGGCACCUUACAUUGUCACCUCUACAAAUCCACCCGCAGACCGAAGAGCGACCCUCGAAAACGUGGGAGGGAAGUUCUUGUUUCUGGGUUUAUCAGCAAGAGAUGUGAGCCAGGCUGGUUCCUCGUGGCACAUCAUUCUCGAUGCAUUGAAGCAGGAAGGUAUUGGGAGUGUCAUGAUCGAGGGCGGUGGUUUUGUAAUCAAUGAUUUCCUCGGUCCUAGUCCCGCAUACUCUCUUGUUAAUUCCGUUAUUGUUACAAUUGCACCAACCUGGCUAGGCAAAGGUUGCGAUAUGUGA